AUGGAUUUGCGGACUUUUACGACUUUUAAAAAUGUUGCAAAACCGCAAAAGAUUUUUUGGUCCACAGAUUUUUUGUCCGCACAAGAAUUUCCGAAAAAUUUUUUGUCCGCAAAUUUUGUCUGCAAAAAAUUUUUUGUCCGCAAAUUGUGUCCGCAAAAAAUUUUUUGCCCACAGAUUUUUUGUCCGCAAAUUGUGUCCGCAAAAUUUUUUGUCCGCAAAUCCCCAAAAAUUUUAUUUUUUUUAGUUAAUCGCCCAUUCUUUCCAACAACACCGCUAUCUAAUCAACCAUUUUCUUCUAUGACUUCAUCGUCUACUAAAGAUUUUAACAAGUCUGGAUGGAUGCCGACGUUCACCUCUACACCUCUUGCCACAAAAGCUGCUCAACCAAGAAUUGAUAUCUCGUCAACUUCAUUCUUGAUUCCACAAUUUACACCGCAUCAAAAUAGUAAUACAAAUCAACUGGCUAAUAAUUGUCUGGUCAAUAAUCGAAGCGUAAUUACUACUUGUGGACCGGCUUUACAAACUUCAAACGCUUUCACGCAAAAUACAACAGUAAUUAUUAGCGAUCAUCCUGAAGUACCUCCAAUUAGAGAGGUUGUGCAGAAUGCUGUGGGGAAUGCUUCAAGUAGAGAGCCGGUGAUUAAACAGGUAUACCUCUUUAUAGGAGCGUAG